AUGGCAUUAGUAAAAAUUUCCAGCAUUUUGGGACUGCUGGUUUCAGGAUUGGCAAUGACCCAAAGAAGCUUGGUGGCUGGCAGUUCAUCUAGCUGCAACUUUCCUGCUAUCUACAACUUCGGGGAUUCAAACUCGGACAACACAGGCCGCUCCGCUGCACUUACACAAAUUCCACCUCCCUACGGCAAAACAAACCUGGGCAGUCCUCCCAAGAGAUUUUCCAAUGGGCAUGUCAUCCUCGAUUUCAUAACUGAAAAACUAGGACUGCCAUACGUGAGUGCAUACUUGGACUCCAUAGGAACAAACUUCAGACGCGGUGCUAACUUCGCCACCGGAGGCUCUUCCAUUCUACCUGGUCCUUUCAGCCCUUUUGAUCUGGGGAUUCAAGUCUCCCAAUUCAAACAGUUCAAAUCACGCACAACGGAACUCUAUAAUCAGGGACUAUCGAACUGCAGCAGCAUGUCCCUUCCGCAUCCUGAUGAUUUCUCAAAGGCCCUCUACACAUUUGAUAUAGGACAGAACGAUCUUACAUUUGGCUUUCAGAACAUGACAGUAGAUCAAAUAGUCGCUGCAAUUCCUGGCAUCCUCAACGGAUUCGAUGCAGCAAUACAACAACUCUAUGGCGAAGGAGCAAGAGCUUUCUGGAUACAUAACACCGGUCCAAUUGGAUGUUUGCCUUUCAUGGCUCUGCCAUUUAAAUUUAGAAAUGGCACCCUUGACCAGAAUGGCUGCUACGCUUAUCAAAACAAUGUAGUUCAAGAAUUCAAUCAGCAGCUUAAAGAAAGGGUGGACCAGCUAAGAAACAAUCUCUCCAUAGCUGCGUUCACAUACAUCGACGUAUAUUCAGCCAAGCUAUUGCUGAUAAGUGAUGCUAAAAAUCAAGGUUUUGUUGAUCCACUGAACUACUGCUGUGGUACCUUCGUGCCAACAUUCGUGAUGUGUGGACUGCCAGCACAAGUAAAUGGAACCACCAUUCAUGGAGAUGCUUGUGGCGACCCUCAGGAUCGAAUUAGCUGGGAUGGCAUACAUUUCACGGAUGCAGCCAAUUCGUGGAUUGCUUCACGCAUCCUCACUGGUUCCAUGUCCGACCCACCUGCACCAAUCUCCAGUGCUUGUCCAUAAUAUACAGCAUCAAGAUUGAAGACGUCAUUUCCAAAAGAAGCAAAGAAAAGAGCGCGAACAUCUUGCUUUUCCUUUUCUACUUUCUGGUCAUU